GCACCCAUACGUGAUAGUCUGAUGUUAUAUACCGGACCGUUUUUCUCACUUAUUAUCCAAGAAAGUCUCUUCUAGAGUCACAUAGCCCAUGCUGAUUUAAAUCGCAGACAACGAUACUACUAUCUAUUCGAGCUAUUAGAUAAGAUAAAUAUUCUUCCCGCCGUUUGACGGUCACUGUUGUUUUUAGGAGCCUUCGAAAAACAGCAAUGAUUUAUAUAAUAGCGCAGCAGAGAAAUUGUUUUUGUACGAAUAGAGAGAUUUCUCUGCUUCGCCGUCAUCGUCAUCGUUGUCGUUGUCUAUGUUAGGAAAAAAAUCUAUCAUAGGACACGUCCAAAGUCUUUUGCGACAGGCAGUAGUAGCUAGUGAGUUCCAAAGAACUGUUGUCUUUUUUCCGUUUUGGUCAAGGAAGGAAAAACUUUCUCACGUUAACGCGUUAUUACGUCCACUACACAGAGUUUUCUCUUUCUUAGUUAGAGUAGAUAAGCGUGUAAAGAUUAUCAUCGUAGAAUUUAAGAAGAUAAACACGGGGAGUUGUUGACUCGGCAUCAUUUUCUUUGUCUGUCAAUUUUUUUUUAUAUAUAGGCUUGUUCUGAAACGUGUAAAAUAAUGAUUUACCUAGUGUUAUGCAAAUAAAUGAAAGGUGAUUUAAUGAUAUAUAUAUAUAUAUAUAAAUGAAUGAUACGUUUUGUCUGCCCGGUCGUCUAUUACUGUGUCAUUACACACGUAUAUGCACAUAUGCGUUUGUUGACCUUUUAUCGAAUACCGUUGUUCCAUUCCGUUGUCUGAUGAAGUACCGUCGAGACUGCCGCGCCUCCUUGGUUGCAUACAUACGAUACUUAUAUGCAAAGCAUAUUUUUUUGUAACUACGUUUAUUAGCAAGAAGUGCACGUUACUAUAUGGGGGCGAGGUCAGCGAGAGUCACGGAACUGAUCUUACAAUUAGUUCUUCGCAAUGCCAAGAUCGAUUUCUCAUAUUUUAUUUUCUUUUUGUUUUCACAGAUUAAAAAUAUAUCAAUAAUAAUCUAAUUUAUAUAUUAAGAAUAUUUUUGAUCAAUAUUUAUUACAUAUACGUAUAUAUAUCGUCAUUGACAAUUAUUUUUCUUUUUUCGUUUGUACGUAUUUGUGGUUUGAAUCGUUCCGCGUUAAUUGUUGUAGAACACGUUCUUUACGGUAACACUAGAUGGAGCUCGUCAUAUUAGUAGAGGACGCUAGUUGCAUCCGAGUCUUUGCGGUUGUUAAAUGCACGCGUGAUUAAAGGUGCGAGAUAGGUUAGGUUUUAAAAAAGUUCUUUUUCACAAAAUAAUCAGUGAUUUUAAAAAAUAAUUAACAAUGGCAGAUAUGCAUACGCAUAACGACAGAGGUAAGAAGCGAAAGAAGAAACGUUCAAACAUGCAAAUGGCGAAAAAAUUUGCUCGUCGAAGAUAUCACGGAACGGAUCUUGAUACGGAAACGUAUCAAUACAUGGUUCGUAUUUUGGAAUUAAUACGGGAAGAUUUUCCGAGCGUUGACGAAAAAUUAAUUUUUAUUAAUAACGUGUACGAACAAUCCGUUGGUCAUGAGGUUGAAUAUUCUAAAAAUCAAGUUGGUUCGAGAGUCUUGGAAUCGCUUUUGAAAUAUGCAAAUUUAGUAUCAAUUCAAAGGCUUACGGAUGCUCUCAGUUCUUCCCUGAGACCGAUAAGUUGUGAUACAUUUGCCAGUCAUGUUUUGGAAAAAAUCAUUGUGGUCUGCGCGGACAGAGGAAACAAAUCCAAUACUUUGUCACAAACAUCAAAAAUAAAGGAAACCGAGAAAGUACAAGACAUCAUUAUAGAUGUGAAAGAAUCUGAAGUAAAAUUAUACAAUGAUAUAGUUAUAAAGUUAAGCAAAUAUUUAAUAAAUAAUUUAGAAGAAUUUGUUUGGGACACAUAUGCUAAUCAUCUCUUACGAACCGUAAUGGAAUGCCUAGGUGGAUUAAUAGAUACAAGCGAUGGACAGAAUAAAACAAAGCAAAUGUUAUCUACUAUAGAAAGACGAGAGGUCAUACAAGAGUAUAAAGAUCUUCUAAUUGACGCAUGCAACAGGUUGUUUAACUGGCCACAAUUUCUUGAGUUUGGUAAAGAUGAAUUAACUUCAGGAUUGUUACAAAGUAUUUUGUAUUCGCUAAAAGAUGUAGACAAGAAGUUAACAGAAUCUUAUAUCACAAAGAUUAUAAAGGAGUGUUUCACUUCUAAAGCGGAUGGAAAAUUGUCUAAUAUUUUCGACUGCGAAAGUUCUACCAGACUUUUGGAAGCUUGUCUUGCAGUCGCUGAAUCAAAAUCUUUUGAUCAUAUUUAUAAGGAAUAUUUUAAGUGUAAUUUAAAAAGCUUAUGUACAAUGCAGGGUACUAAUUUUAGUAUACAGAAAUUAUUAGAUCAUUGUGAAUCUAAAGAAACUUUUGAAGAAAUAUUUGAGGAAAUUGAAGCGCUUCUUUCGAAUAUUUUACAAACAGGCUAUACGGGAAUUUUAGUAAGUAUAGCUAAUGCAUCUAAGAGGUUGCAAACUAAACAGGGUGCAUUUGUAACUAUGAUUAUUAAGAUGCUCGAGUGCGAUACAUCGGAAGAAAAACAAUAUCAAAUCAUUAAAUGUUUUGCUACAUUGAAGAAACAAAACGAAUUGGAAUCAUUGGAAGAAAAAGAUCAAACGGAUUUGCCUAUCCAUUUGCAUGGAAGUUUGAUCGUACAAGCAGUACUUAACUUCAAUAAACCAAUCAAACUUGUUAACUCUUUGUUGGGCAUGAACAACGAACAAUUGUUAAAUUUAAUAAGUAAUCCGAAAGGUAGUCGCAUCAUAGAUGCUUUUAUAGAUAGCAAAUAUAUUGGAGAAAAAAGUAGAGAAAAACUUGCCAAGAAAUUGCAAGGUUAUUGGGCCCAAUUAGCUCAAAGCACUCAUGGGUCUAGAUGUUUGGACAAAAUCUGGCUUUGUUCGCGUCAAAAGCAAAGAAUGUUUAUCAUGGAAGAAUUGUCAGCUGCUGGUGAAAUCUUACAUUCCAGUAAAUCGGGUAAAAUUAUAUCCAAUAAAUUAAACGUAUCUUUGUUCACUAGAAAUAAAAAGGAUUGGUGUGAAUCUCAAGGAAAAGAGGAAAAAAUGAAGGCUCUUUUUGCCGAUAUAAUCAAAAAGCCUCCUAUGCAAAGUUAGUGUUCAAAAAAGAGUUUCUACUGAAAAAAUUUAAAUGACUUUCUUUUUUAUAUGUAUAUAUAUAUAUAUAAAUACGUAUUAAAGAAACGUUUAAUUAGACAGAUUAAUUCGUAUUUUCUUUUUUUAUUGUGACAUAGAAUAAUCAUAUAUAUAUAUAUAUAAUGUUUUAUUUCAUAAAUACAUUUCAUAAAAUUCAUUGUAUGUUCCUGCAAUGCAAUGUGCCCGGAAGGAAUUACAAUAAAUCGUUAUUUAAGUUACAGAAAAAUUUUCUAAUAUGUAUAACCAAUAAAUUCGUCUCCUUGCAAACAUUGCAUGACUAGACUUCAAGAUACACAAUUAAUUAUAAUCCGAUUAAUCGAAGUAAGAAUCUCGUUACAUCUGUCAUUAUAAUCGUUAAGUCUAUCAAUUGACUAGGGUAAAAUCGAUGUAAGCCGUUUGUUGUGUACGCUUUCAUUAGAAGUAAUCAAAUUUCUUAUCACGCGUUGGAUCUUAUUGUUAGAUUAUAAUUGCAUCUUGAUGAAAUAUUAAUCCUUUCGUUACGGCAUUCUUUGGCGUGAGUAUCGUUUCAUAUAAAUUCACGCGUACGUGCAUAUCAUC